AUGGAUUAUGCGGUUGAUUUCCUCCUCCUUCCUGCUGAAGCUCGUGGUGCUUUUGGUCUUCAUCCUUCUCUUGGUUGGUGUCUGGAAGCUUCACGAUCUCUUCUGUAUGCAGUUGUGACUGCCUCAAACAAAGGGAUUGGAUAUGAGACACUUGAUGUAGCAGACUCUGCCAGCAUCUCUUCCUUCGCCGAUUUCGUCAAAACCCAGUUCGGAAAACUUGACAUCUUGGUCAACAAUGCUGGAAUGCUUGGCGUAACUAUUGACAUUGAAGCCAUAAGAGCUUCAGGUGGACAGAUCGAUCCUAGUCGCGCAAUGAUUCAAACUUACGAAUUAACCGAACAAUGCCUCAAAACAAAUUACUGUGGACCUAAAACCAUGAUUGAAUCACUAGCUCCUCUUCUCCAACUAUCAGAUUCACCAACAAUUGUCAAUGUCUCCUCCUACUAUGGCAAGUUAGAGUAUAUAACAAAUGAAUGGGCUAAAGAAGUGUUGGGUGAUGGAGAGAAACUCACAGAAGAUAGACUCGAAGAGGUGUUGAGGGAGUUUCGGAAGGAUUUCAAAGAAGGUUCACUGGAAAGCAAAGGGUGGCCAACAUUUACAGCUGCAUACAAGAUGUCAAAAGCAGCCUUAAAUGCAUACACAAGGAUUGCAGCCAAAAAGUAUGAGAGUUUCUGCAUCAACUGUGUUUGUCCUGGCUUUGUAAAAACAAAUUUUAACCGUAACAAAGGCACCUUGACCGUCGAAGAAGGUGCUGAAAGUCCUUUGAAGUUAGCAUUGCUGCCUAAAGGAGGUCCUUCUGGUCUCUUCUUCAUGCGAGAUGAAGUUUCAGUCUUCUGA